AUGCUUUCCCACACUCUCUUGUUGGCGCUGGUCGCCACCAUCAAAGGCUCGUCGGCUGCAGCGCUUCUCCCGCGACAUGCCAACGACACUCCCUCCUCCAGCACCCCAUCCUCUGGACAGCCUUACACACUCAUUUCGGAGUACACCAAUACCUCUUUCUUCGACCAUUUCACGGCCUUCUCUGGUCCAGACCCUACGAAUGGUCACGUGCAAUACCAAACUCUCCAAUCCGCCGCCGAACAGAAUCUCGUUGGUUAUAUCUACAACGCCACUUCCGGUGAACGAACAGCCUACCUUGGAGUUGAUUCCAAGAACGUUGCUCCCGAGGGACGCAAAAGUGUCCGCAUAACCAGCAAGGAAACUUUCGACGCUGGUAGCAUGGUCGUCAUCGAUGUGCGACACGCACCGAGCCAAUACGGUGCUUGGCCAGCAAUUUGGAUGUUGGGAACUGGAGAGCAAGACUGGCCUGCGAACGGCGAGAGUGAUAUCUUGGAGUACGUCUCCAAGGAUGACUUCAACGCUAUGACACUGCACACAAGCUCAGGAUGUGUCGUGGAUAACAUCACCACAUCUGCUGCUCCCAGCAACAGCUCAAGCUACGGCGCCAAGAACGAGAAGCAAGCAGGCUCAAUGCAACAGCAAGGCCUCCUGACCACUUCCGACUGCAACACCGGCAAAGGCGCCACAGGCUGCAGCGUCAAAGCCUACAACCAAAACACAAUCCCCCUCGUCAGCAAACGCGACUCCAACACCGCAACCUUCUCCACCGCCGGCCCCGACUUCAACACCCAAGGCGGCAGCGUCUACGUCCACGACUGGCAACCCGACGGAAUCACAAUCUGGUCUUUCCCACGCAACAACCUCCCAGCCGAUCUCCUCGACACCAAACCCGAUCCUUCAACUUGGACUCAAACUCCUCUCGCCCGCUUCAAAGGCUCCGGAUGUAAUUUCGAUCAAGCUUUUAAGAAAAUGCAACUCAUCAUUAAUAUCACGUUUUGUGGUGACUGGGCGGGCAAAGUUUGGGAGAGUUCGGGAGCGAAGGAGAAGACGGGGUAUGAGACUUGUAAUGAGUAUGUGGAGAAGAAUCCGGAGGUUUUUGAGGAUGCGUAUUUUGAGAUUGGAGGGGUUUGGGUUUAUUCGAACAAUGGGCAGAGUGCUGGGGAGGGGCCGAGGUAUGAUUGA